CUCUGCUGCGAGCGCGAUGUUUUGUCUGGACUCUGGUGCCAUAUAGGUUGGGACAGCUAAAUUGGGACUCUUUGGAUAUUUACUUCAGGUUCCAUCCUGCGAUGGAUGUGUCCUUAUAUUCUUGAGGAUGCAUCUAUACUUGCUUCCUAAUUGUGUGCCAAUGUCCUAACAGAAUUUUAAAGGAUAUUUAAUUUUACGGUGCUAACUUUCAAGAAUGGGUAAGGAUACUGACCUUCUACAGGCUAUCCGCCUUGAAGAUGUUGCCGUGGUGAUGAAGAUUGUCGCAAAAUUCAAAUCAAAAUCAAGAAAAUCCGGUCCAACCAAGAAAACACCGCUCAAUAAUCAAGACACAGAUGGAUUUUCAGCACUCCACCAUGCAGCUCUGUCUGGGAACUGUAAUGUGUUACAUUGCUUGUUGGAUAGUAACCUGGUUAUUGUGGACAUCAAAGACAACAAAGGGAUGCGACCAAUCCACUAUGCUGCUUGGCAAGGUAAACUCGAGCCUGUGGUGCUACUACUAAAGGCAGGUGCUAGCCCUGAUGACGUCUCCUUAGAAGGGGAUACGCCCCUUCAUCUAGCUAGCCAGUAUGGCAGUGUCCAAGUGGCUAAAAUAUUACUGCAGUACCAUGCUGAUCCAACUAUUAAAAACAAGGCCGGAAAAACAGCACUGGAUUUAGCUGCGGAAUUUGGUAAACUAGUGGUCGUAAACCUUCUCUUAGGUAGCACGCAAGGUGGCAACCUUAUAGCGCCACCAAGGACACCAAUGAACGUGAAUAUGCAUACUCCUUUACAUCUUGCUGCCAAAAAUGGACAUAGUGAUGUCAUUAGAGUUUUAUUAGAAUCUGGUGUUGAUAUUAACAUGGAGACACACAAUGGAACAGCUCUACAUGAGGCUAGUCUUUUUGGUAAAACAGAGGUUGUAAGGUUAUUAAUUAAUUAUGGUGUCAACGUACAUCUAAAAAAUUCACAUGGACAAACGGCGCUAGAUAUAGUUAACAAGUUCACAUCAACAAAGGCAGCACAAGAAAUUAAACACAUGUUAAGAGAGGCUAUAGGUGGGUUCCGAGCGAGGGCACUGCAAGACUACUGCAGAAUCCACGAUAGGUCUUGUUUAUCAUUCAAAGCAGGUGAAAUCAUUAAUAUCCUGGAGCAAAAUUCUGAUGGACGAUGGAAAGGUUCAAAGGAAACCGACCAACAAAAGGCUAUUGGAUAUUUCCCAGCAAAUUUGGUUGAAAUUAUUGAAGAUGUAGCUAUGCAAGGAGGGAAAGCCUUAACAUUACCAAGUCGUAGUGGUCUGCCGGCUAACCCUCUGUAUGGCAUGUGCCGAUCCACAUCAAUUGGGUCGUAUGCUGAACUGUACCCUAAUCGCUCUAUGGAAGUUUUAACCAACCUGCCUAACCGGCGUUCUUCCGAUUCCAUCACCUCUGCUUCUUCAUCGGGUACGUGGUCAAGUAAAGAUUUAUCAGAUUACAUGCAACCAUCGAGACAGCAAUCAUCAAUCCCGCAAACCCCUGCAACUUCCAACAUGGCUCCCAUGCCCUUAGCAACCGUUGCCUACCAGCAGUCCUAUGGCUCUUCAAGCUCAAGGUAUGCCGCAGCAGCCUUACAGAGGAAACGUCAAGAAAGCCACGAAGUGAUACCAAACAGUAGCAAUUCUCCUGUCCCACCUGUAGUUUCCAUGGGAACUGUAACGCAAGAUGAUCUUUCAAGGCGACACUGUCCGGCCUCCAUCAACAGACACAAUGUCGCGCCUCAACAGUGUAACCAGAACGCCUGGCCAAGGAGGCCAACUCAAAAUGGCAACCUUUCAGAGGAAGAGAGCGGUGUUGAUGUUAGCUCAUCAACAGAAAGUAUGGAGAGGAAACAAACUUCACAGCAGCAUGGUGUAAUCCAUCAAGGUUGGAUGGGUAUCUCUCACUCGGACCAUAAUAUUAAGCCUUGCCCCCCACCAAAACCAAGCAGGAGCUGUGAGAACGUCCUUGCACACGAGUCGUUGGCUACAGCUCCACAGCGUCCAUAUAGUGAUUGUCCCCCAUUGAAAAGAAUUGAAACUGAAAUACCAUCAUUAGAUGCUAAAGAUGCUGAUAGGAUCUAUGAAUGGUUAAAGAGACUUCGAUUACCAGAGUACACCAAUAAUUUUACAAAAGCAGGCUAUGACAUGCCUACUAUUGCCAAGAUGACCCCAGAGGACCUUACUGCUGUUGGUGUAACUGUGCCAGGCCACCGUAAGAAGAUGUUUGCCAUGAUCCAGCAGAUGAAAGAAGCAGAUGUUGCCCCAAAUUUUAAACCACCUGAUGUGCAAUCCUGGCUUCGGAUCCUCGAUCUCCAGUCCUACUACAACACCCUCAUAUCAAAUGGUUAUGACCAGAUAGAGUUCUUGCAAGACAUGACAUGGGAAGACCUUCAGGAGAUUGGCAUCAUUAGGCUUGGUCAUCAAAAAAAAUUCAUGCUAGCACUGAAACGUCUAAGAGAGAUCAAGAAGCAUGAGAAGCAAGCUCUUGAUGCUGCUUCCAUUGAGGAUUUGACCAUUGAUAACCAGAAAAUCACCAGCUCACCUUCCUUUGAAAAUGUGACAAUCACUGUAAGGCACAAAUCUGCAAUUCAGGGAAGUCUUGAGAGUAUUGGUAGUGAUAUAUCAAAUAUAUCUGGAGGAUCACUUGGUUCCAAAGGAUCUAAUGAGAGCUAUCCUCGUAAACUGAUGCUCCAACGGAACCCUAACAUGGCAAUGAAUAAUCAAGUAACCUCUUCAUAUGUGCCUUGUAUGACAACUGUUAAGUCUUCUCCAACAAAAAUAUUUACUGGACCACCAGAGAAAGACAUCCCAGAAGAACAUGAUGCAGACAGUGUUUAUCAAAAUGUGUCCUUCUCUACUUUUAAACAAGCCAGUUCUGAAUCACCACGAAUGGCAUCCACUUCAAUACCUCCUAGAUCUUUAAGCAUAGACAGCACAGAUAUGGCACAGAUGGUUCAUAGAAAUUCAUUUGGUAGUAGCAGUACCUCAUCUGGUGCAUCUGAUCAAGGUUCUCUGAAGGAGACUAAAGGAAAUAAAGGAAGUCCAUUAGCCAUUCCAAAGCGUGGAAGCUCUAUGCAAUCUAUGUCUGAUAAACCUCUGAUGACUGCCACAAUUGGUCGCAGAAAGUCUUUGAAACAAUUCAAAGCUGCGCUAGAUAAUGGCACAGCUAUUGAUGCUCUGCGGUCAACACAAGUUCCAGGCUAUGCCACAAUCAAACGAACCCCUUCUCGACGAACAGAUCCUGUGAGAUUACACCGCCAUCUGUCUCAAGAACGAGAUAGUUCAAAUCUUAAAAGGCCAUCAUCUAGUGGAAGUCUGACUAGCGACACAGCGAUAGAACAAACAGAUAGUGACUCACUAAAUGAGAGCUAUAUGCUUCCAGAUGUAACACAAUCUGGAGAGACACAUAAAAAUAUAAGAGGUAGCCCAGUUCAUGUAAUCAAUAGAACCAUGAGUAAUGGAAAUCUUAAUAGUGAUGCUGGUAGUGUACCAGCAAACUACCAUGUUCACAGACAGCAAUACCGGGAUCAUAGUAAUGGAAAGGGACCUCUUCCUAAUUAUUAUCAAACUUUAAGAAGACCUCCCAGAAAAAAUGAACCACUUGCAGAUGACUUCCGUCCUCGAUCACGUUCUUUCACAGACAAAGAUGAACAUAUGCAGUCUCCUGUUAAAAGAAGUCCACCAGUCUCCUUUAGGACAUCAUCAAAUGAAGGCAUUGAUAAAAAUCACUCAAACAGAGGAAAUCACCUUCAACAAAAUAUUCCAAAGCAAAAGAAUGUUUUAAUUCAGCAGCAGAAUAUUCUGCCCCAACAACAAAAUAUUGCACCACAAUUUUCUAAUGAUUCUUGCUUUAAGAAACCACUUCCACCACCAGCACUUGUUUCUGCUGCUUUGAAACCAGAACAUUCCCAAUUGAUGACUACCAGCAGUGUUCCAUCUGACCACAGUCAAAUUGAAAGUAGCCAACAGCCACCACACUCUCAGAAUGUAAUGGUGUCUCAUGAAGUUCCCAACAAGGUUAGACAAAAACCAGCAAUACCUGCAAUGCCUUUAAACUUAAAACGAACACAAAUUAAUAAUGCUAUUAAGCAACAGCAGCAAAAGUUACAUGAGCAACAUAAGCAACAGGUGCAAAAACAACAGGAAUAUCAACAGCAACUUCAAGAAAAAAUGAAAAUACCUCAACAACAAAUGCAGCAGCAUGCCCAACACAUGAAGCAGCAAUCACAACCCCAACAACAAAUGCUAAAGCAGCAUGCCCAACACAUGAAGCAGCAAUCACAACCCCAACAACAAAUGCUAAAGCAGCAUCAAGAAAUCUUGCAACAAAAACAUCAGCAACACAUACUGCCACAGCAGCAGUUACAGCAGCCGUUACAGCCGCAGUUACAGCAGCACCAAAAGCCGUUGCAACUGCAGCAACAAACACAAGUACAACAACUACAAUAUCAACAACAGCAACAUCAACAGGAAAUGGAAAAACAACUUCAAGAGCAGGUAGAAACAGAUCAAACUAAAAAAGUACCUGGAUUCCGUGUGUCAUCCUUUGGAAAGAAUAAUAAUCCACCAAAGAAACCAACGCGUAGUAGUUCAUUACGUCUAGAAUUAGUAACUGCAGCCAGCACUGUUACACCUGUACCCACACCUGUAAAUGUGGUACAAAGUCCAAGUAAAAAGGAUGUAGGACAAAAUAUACACUUGCGUAUGGCAGAACAGCAGAAAACAAUGUCUGAUAUGAUUAAUUACAGUAAAACUCAGAUUGAGCAGCAGAAUUUUAGAGAUAAUAUUCAAAAUAACCCAGGUGGAAGUUUGCAUAAACCACCUAUUAAGAAAGAGGGGGAAAGAUGCUCACCAGUACCACAUGGUGAAACUUUUCAAACAGAAACUGGACCCUCAAAGACUGAAGACAACAGGUGUUUGUAUCCCCAGCCACUAUUAAAAACUGUUGAAAAACAGGGUAACCAAAAAUUACUUACAUUGUCACCUAAAAGGAAUUUUUAUCAAUAUUCUGAUCAUAAAUUUAGCCAAUCAAAUUAUGCAGCAUCAGAAUCUCUUCAAAUUGAGAAAGACAGAGAGGAAGGAAUCCACCGGCCUAAGACUGCCAGUCUAGGUGCCAAUAGCACAGAUACAGUCUUGCGCUUGCAUUCUCCUAAGCACCGUCAUAGCUCUGACACUAGUCCUGAUGAAACUUUUGUUGAACCAACUCCUCAGCUUUUAGCAAAGGAACAGCCAAUAGAUACAAAGUUGCUUGUCAAGGAACCGAGUGUUGAUCUGUACUCAGCAGAUUUUGAUCAACUAGAUGGCAUGGAUGAUGCUGUAGAGUCAGACAGCAGUGAUAAUUUAGAUAUGCUGUCAGGAUUUGAAAAUGAAAACACAGAUACAAUCAAGAAACAACCCACCAAACAAGUCCUACGAGAAAUCAAUUAUGAUGAUACACUAGGUGAUAUACAGGUGUCUGGGUCAGAGCAAGGUCAUUCUGUUGAUGAAGAUCUUGAUGAUCUUGAAACACUGCUACUAAGAGGAGAUAACAUUGAUCCAAGUGGAUUAAGGUCAUCACUUGAUAUACCUCCUCCACCAAUUGAACCAGAUUACACUGAAUAUCCAGGUGCAAACUUAAAUAUAUCUGAAGAUGACCUGCCCCUACCACCUCCCCCACCUCAUCUACUUCCACAUGGGUCAGAAGGUGCUGUAUCUGAGCAAAUAGAUGUGUUUGAUGACAUUGAGUCCAUGUUUAACAACCUUGCAGAAGAUUUAGCUAGCAUGAUGAAAUAAAAACACUGAAGAAAGCAAUAACAAAAAGCAACAGAUUUUGUCAGAGAAAAAAAACCACGCUGUGGUUAUGUAGCAAGAUCAUGAAGUUUGCAAAGUGUAGCAUUGAGCAAAGUCUUGCUACAUCAUGCAAAAUGGUUUUGCUACAUUUGCAAAUGUUUUAAAAUGUUAUUAGAAUAUACAGUAUCUUUUUAAGUGUUUCUAAGCAAACAACUCCUGCAAUAGUGGUUGAAAAACCCCUCACAGGAAGAAAAAUACCAUCAAAAAUUGUUUGCAGUGAAUUCCUCUGGUCUAUAAGUGUUGGCAAUUGAUUGAUUGAAUUCAAAAGACAAAUUCUUGCUGUUAGAGGAUGCAAUAAGGAACACAGAUAAAUAUUAUGUUGAUCAGUAGUGCAAUCCAAAUCAAGAACUGGAGUUUCGUAGCCAGCUCUUUAUGAACAGUUUCAUCACAUUGGAUAUGUCUUAAUAUUGCAGUCUUCAUGGUAUCUUGGCUGUGCAUCUUGAAGACCAAUGUCAUGUGAUUAUUGUAAUUCAAGCAUUUACAUGUGUACUGCAAGCCUCAUUAUGUUGUGACGUAAAAUUUGAUUUAAAUGUAAAACAGCGAUGUCACUAAGCAGUGUUGGUGACCAAGUCACUGAGCAUUGUGUAUCAUUGUUUGUUCCUGAGCAAUGUCAAACAAAAAGUGAUUACAAAGACUCAAUGGAAGAGAUAGGCAAACAGCCAAAUAAAAUAUGUGUAAAGUGAUUUAUUUUUGAAGUUUAAAAACAGUAUGCUGCUUAAUAAGUUUACAAUUAUUUAUUACAUUUUAAUUAUGAAGAAGUUGUACUUAAAAUUGUAACAUUUUGAUAGAAUUGUUUUUGUGUGUUUAUAGAUGGACUUUCUGGAGUCUUAAUGCUCUACCAGGUUCCAUUCUAAAUUAUAUUAUUUUAUCAAUAUUUAUUUAUUUAUUGUUAUUUCCAUAAUUUAAUUAUUCUGGA